AUGGAAAGCCCAAUUCCUCUUGAACUUACCGAAAUAGCUUUCUGGCGGCUCCUGAUAAUGAAUCUCGAGCUCCUCCCCAAUCUCAUCGGCGCUGCCGCCGCUGCUCAGCCUCAUCUUCAGCUGCCUCAGCCGCUCGGUGGCGAGGCCAAGGGUCAGCUUGUGGCACCGCCGCUGGUAUUUGAAGCCGUUGAUGCACCGCAGAGUUUGGGCCACCGACACGUAGAAAAUGAGGUGGGCCAGCGAGAGCAGCCCAAUAGGCACCCAGCAGUGGCGGCAUUGCAGCCGUGGAGACUGGGCCUGGGCCAAGAAAACCAGGCUCAAGAAGAUGAAGAAGAGAUGGAAGAGCUUCCACAGCUCCUUUUUCUGGAGGGCUUGGAGGGCCGUCUCUUUAGUAAUCAUACCGUGGUGGUGGUGAUGGUGGUGGGUGGCAGUGACGGAGGUGGUUCCGUGAUGCUCAUACUCCGCCAUUGGAGUGAUUGUUCUCGAAUCCAUAUACUGAACACUCGGCCCCAAACUGCUCGGUCAGAAUUUUCCACAAGUGCUCGAAUCCAUACACUUGAACACAUCCCCAUUGCUCACGUUAAACGCCUCGUUAUUCGCAUAGGCAUCGACUGUUGCCCAAAUCUGGUGCUCGGCAAUCAAAUCUGCAUCGGAGCAAUUCGAAUACCCGUCUCAGGCGGCCUUAUAGCCAGAGAACCUCAUAACCUUACCCUCAUGCUUGCAAAUUGCCGCGUAAACACAAAGGGGCCAGACUAA